AUGUUCGGUUACACAGUUUCUCUGUUCCAAGCGGGAAACGAGAAUAAAUUACUCAUCGGAGCACCAAAUGUGACAACAAGCCACGGAAAAAUGAGUGGCGCCGCCUAUUUGUGCGACUAUCAAACGCAAAAAUGUGAAAUUAUCGAAAAAAUUUUGGCGGGAAAGACAAAUAAAGCGGGACAAAUGCUCGGAGCGACAAUCGUCAGCGAGGAAAAUGGAAAAAUUGUCGUUUGUGCUCCAAAAUUUUAUGAUGAUUUGUUCAACGCUCGAGGAAAAUGCUUUUAUAUCCAAGCAAAUUCUGUCAGUGAAAUCAACGGACCUUAUGGCAAUAGGUUUCAACGUGGUUUCAGUGCGGCAAUUUCCUCAGACGACAUCUUUCUCGGCGAUGUAGGUUACUCUUCAUGGCACGGAUCGUGUUUUCAUUUUCCUUAUUCGCGUUCUUGCUAUUCUCGCAUCCGUUUCGAGUCAUAUUCGUACGCCGGAUACUCGAUGACGGUCGGAAAGUUCAAUGCAAAUGUCAAAUCUUUCGCCAUGGGAGCACCUCGUUACAAUAAAAAGGGCGUCGUUGUCAUUUACGACUCCCGCAGCACCGCACAGUUCGAGGGAAACAAGUUUCAAAUCAUGGGCGAGCAAUAUGGCGCCUAUUUCGGAUAUUCCCUCGCUACGGGCGACUUCAAUGGCGAUCGCAGAGACGAUCUGCUGAUCAGCGCGCCAAUUUUUUCGCGCCAAAACAUCCAAAAUGGCUACGAAACGGGGCGUGUUUACAUUUAUCUUCAAACCACAAACGACUGGAACGUCAUUCGUCUCACCGGAAAUGAAGCGCAAUCACGUUUCGGGACUUCCGUUUGCUCCUUAGGCGAUAUCAACAACGACGGGAUCGGAGAUUUUGCCGUUGGAGCUCCAUUCGCGGGCGCUGGGAAAGUUUUUAUCUAUCACGGAUCGACACAAUUGCACGAUAACGUCAAACCAAGUCAAAUUUUAGAAGCUUCGGGUGUAAAAACUUUUGGAUUUUCAAUCGCAGGCGGAAAAGACAUCGACGGAAACGGAUAUCCGGAUAUUGCGGUAGGCGCCAUAACCGGAAAUCGAGUUUUUUUGUACAAAACUCGACCGAUUGUGAAUGUCAGAACGACUCUCAGUACUUUGGGACCAAUUUCAACGAAAACUGCUUGUGUUAAAAGCUCGGAAAAUGGUCAGCCGUGCACCACAGUGAAGGUUUGUCUCAGUUUCAGCGGGAAAAGUUUGCCAAAAAAUUUGAUCUUUAGCAUGAAUUUGAGGUUAGACACGGAUCGUAAUGCUGCAAGGACCUCUCGGGUGCUUUUCAUGGACGAUAUGAAAGAUAAAAAGGCAGUAAAUCUCGAAUUAACCAGCGGAAAAGAGCUUUGUGAGCGUUACGACAUCCAACAAAGCGAAAAUUUCUGGGGUUAUGUGCCCGAUAUCAAGUUUAACGCGGAUUUGGAGCUUUUAACCAACUCUAAAGAGACGACAGAGCUUCAACCAAUCCUCAAUAGGCAACCAAUAACGCCUAUUACGUUAUCCGUGCAGAAAGAUUGCAUCAACGAAUGUUUCCCAGACCUUCAAGUACACGCCCAGACCGUUUCUUCGUACAUUUACGGCGAUCCGGGCGCAAUUCUCGUCCAAAUUCAAGUUCAAAAUAUCGCUGAUGAUGCCUUUGACACAAUUUUCAAGCUGAAAAUCCCUCCUGGGUUCAGUUAUCAGUCCUUCAAACGCCGCACGGGGCGAAAACUCGACUGCUCCGUGACAAAAACUGCCUCCGAGGAAUCUUUAAAUUGCGAUUUAGCCACGCCCCUUCGUCGAAAAGACGGUUUUACGAACUUUACGGUGACUCUUUUGCACAAAAGUCAGGAAUUAUUGAAGGCAGAGUAUGAGUUAACGGCUUCCGUGAGUGCUUCGAACCCGGAUAAGGACACGACAAUGGCUGAUAAUGAAGUUUCAAGCCAAAUUCGGAUCAUGGGAGAUGUUCAGUUGAACGUUCAUGGCAAAAGUUUGCCCGAAUAUGAGGUUUUUUAUGAUCCAAAAGUGAAAAAUUACCCUGAAAAUGGUACAAAAGAGGAAUUAAUUGGAGCAGAAAUUGUUCAUACUUACAAUUUUGAGAAUUUGGGAAGGACCGCCAUUGAAAAGCUCGAGGCGCGGAUCUCGUGGCCCUUUAAAACCUCUAAAAAUGAACAUUUUUUGUACUUGCUCGAAGUAAUUACCAAUCAACCAAUCGAAUGUGAGUCCUCGGCGCUUAUUAAUCCGGAAAAUGUCACGUUAAAGACCAAAAAUGAUCAACUUCAGACAUUGGUUGAUGAAAAAACUCAAAAUUUUAACUCACCUGAGCGGAAAAUUUCCAAAAGAGAAGCUUCGAAAGUCGAUUUGAACGUCGCUGAGCUCGUUUGUUCCAUCAAUUCGCUCCAUGAAGUCGCCCAAAUUACCUUGAGAUUCCGUCUUGUCACCGCAACUCUCAUGAAAAUGGUGAAUUUUUCACAAAUUAUCUCCACAAAUUGCACAGCGAACGUCUUGAAACUCCCUUUGAACAUGACAUCCACGCAAAAAAUCGUCAAUUUUGAGUUGAAAAAUUUCUUGGUUCCGGUGCUGGAUGAAAAAUUCGCUCCGAAAAUGUGGCAUAUUGUCCUUGCAGUGGCUGUGGGUUCGUUAAUUUUGUCGGCAAUUACGAUCUUUUUGUGGAAAAAAGGAUUUUUCAAACGCAAAAAGUUGCCUGAAGAAGAUCAAAUUGUCGAAGAAGAAGACGCGGAACGUGAGAAAUACAAUUAA